CUGAAGACAUCUUCUCGGCUUGUUAGGAAACCGAGUAGCGCUUCUGCUUAGCGGGUUGUUUCUUAGUUUUUGUCGCUGAAGAGUGAGACUCUGGGUCAGUGCAGAACACCUAGCAUGCUAACAUUAGCCGAGUGACUUCAACGUUUUUGAGACGAGGCGACUCUUUAAGCACAGAGCGAACUUUACGCCCUGCUGAGAUGGUGUUUGACCUUUGAGACCUGCAGCAUCCCUGCCUCCAGGCUGGAAAACAAAGCAGGACAAGAGGUGUAAUGUCAGCUGAGCCCCCCCUGCUGCUGCUGCUCAUCUGUUGAUCCUCCCCGCCAUGGCCCUGGGAGACAACCCUCACCUCCUCCUGGGCCGGAUCCGCUUCUUGAACAGGUGCAUCGAGAGUUUCAGGAAGAGUCAGCCGGUCCCUGAGAGUCUGUGUUAUGUGCCCAAGGAGGUGUGCUACAAAAUCUGCAAGGAUUCCUCCUCCAGCUCGUCUGCCUCCGCCGGAGCCUCUGCAGGAGGAUCCACGGUGGGGAAAACCCUCCUGUCCAUCUUUGAAAGUCCUCAUCAGGUUCCUCACAACAAGAAGGCAUGCAAGUACAGCGUGGAGCCGAAGAAAGGGACCUGCAUCAGGACCACGGGGGAGGAAUACUGCAAUAGCCAGGGUCUCUGGGUCAAAAUGAACAAGGAGCAGCUGGAGGAGCUGCGGCCCGGCCAGGAGCUGGAGGAGGGCUGGAUCCUGGUGUGUAAGCACACGGAGGGAGGCGACAGGCUGGUCCCCGUGGAGUCACCGGAGACCAUGAGCAGGCAGCAGCAGCUCUUCGGCUACGACCACAAAGCCUGCUGCCGGUGGGAGCAGGUGGUGGACAUGGAGAACGCGCUCUACAUCGGCUCUAAACCCAAAAUGGCCGAGCGCGACUCCGUGGCCGUCCAGAAGCUGAGGUACGUUCCUCCCACCUGGACGUACGAAUGCGACGAGGACCUGGUGCACUACUUCUACGACCACAUAGGGAAGGAGGACGAGAACCUGGGGAGCGUGAAGCAGUGCGUCACCAGCAUCGACGUGUCUUCCAGUUCGGAGGAUCCCAGCGGGGGGGUGAACUGUCUGACUGAUGGUGACACUGAAACCUACUGGGAGAGCGACGGCAUGCAGGGGCAGCACUGGAUCCGCCUGCACAUGAAGAGAGGCACCGUGGUCAAUAAGCUGAUAUUGACCGUGGACUCAACGGACGACAACUACAUGCCCAAGAGAGUGACGGUUUACGGAGGAGAAGGAGACAAUCUGAAGAAGCUGAGCGACGUCACCAUAGACGACAAUCUGAUUGGAGAGGUGUGUGUUCUGGAGGAUAUGACUUCUCAUCUCCCUGUUAUUGAAGUUCGAAUCGAGGAAUGUCGAGAUGAGGGGAUAGACGUCCGAAUACGGGGCUUAAAGAUCAAGUCGUCGUGUGAGAGGGAUCUGGGUCUGAACGCGGAUGUUUUUCAUUCCUCCAAUCUGGUGCGUUACCCCCGUCUGCAGGGCACGCCGCCGGACGUCCUGUACCGCAGAGCGUUGGUAAUCCAGAGGUUCAUCAGCCUCCUGGACAGCGUACUGCCCCACCUGGUGCCAGCCUGGGAUUACAGCCUGGGGACGUUUAACCAGCUCAAAAGCAUAAAGCAGUUCCUGCUGCUGUCCAAGCGGCGCUCCGCCCUCAUCAUUCAGUGCCUGAAGGACUCGGAGACCAGCAAGCCUAACUUCAUGCCUCGCCUCUACAUCAACAGACGUCUGGCCAUGGAGCAUCGGGACAACCCGUCUCUGGACCCCAGCUGCAAGAACGCCGUCUUCAGUCAGGUGUAUGAGGGUCUGAAGCCAUCUGACAAACACGAAAAGACUUUAGAUUAUAGAUGGCCGGCCCGCUACGACCAGUGGUGGGAGUGCAAGUUCAUCGCCGAGGGAAUCAUCGACCAAGGGGGAGGAUUCAGGGACAGCCUGGCGGACAUGUCGGAGGAGCUUUGCCCCAGCUCAGCAGAGUGUCCCAUGCCUUUGCCGUUCUUCACGCGGACGUCCAACGAGGGAGACUUUGAGGCCCGUGACUACUACGUGCCCAACCCGUCCUGUAAAGACUUCCAUAAAUACGAGUGGAUCGGUCAGCUGAUGGGCGCCGCUCUCCGGGGGAAAGACUUCCUGGUGUUGGCUCUGCCUGGCCUGGUCUGGAAGCAGCUAACAGGGGAGGCCGUCAGCUGGAGCAAAGACUUCCCAGCUGUGGACUCGGUGCUGGUCAACUUGCUGGAGGCCAUGGAGAACAUGGACAAGGAGACGUUUGAGUUCCGGUUCGGGGAGGAGCUUUUCUACGCCACGCCGCUGACUGACGGUCAGAUGAUGGACCUCAUCCCAGGUGGCAGCAACGUCCCGGUUCGAUACGAGGACCACAAGGAGUUCAUCCGCCUGGUGCAGAAAGUUCGUCUGGAGGAGAGCAAGCAGCAGAUCGCAGCCAUGCAGGCAGGGCUGCUGAAGGUGGUUCCUCAGGCCGUACUAGACCUCCUUACGUGGCAGGAGGUGGAAAAGAAAGUGUGUGGAGACCCGGAGAUCACUGUGGAAGCCCUGAAACGACUUACUCGCUACGAUGACCUGGAACAAAGUGACGUCAGAGUGCAGUACCUAUGGGAGGCGCUGACAAACUUCACCAACGAGGAUCGCAGCAGGUUUCUGAGGUUUGUAACGGGCAGAAGUCGUCUCCCUGCACCAAUUUACGUCUUCCCUGACAAACAAGGGUCUGACACAACUGACGCACUUCCACAGUCGUCCACGUGUUCCAGCACCCUCUAUCUACCCAACUAUCCAAGUGCCAAGGUUUGUGAGGAAAAGCUGCGUUACGCCGCCUACAACUGCGUGGCCAUCGACACCGACAUGAGCCCCUGGGAGGAGUGA